GUUUUCCUGACAGUCACUCUCUCCCUCCCAUCACAAGACAAGAUGCUUUUUCUUAAGGGUGGCGUGGCAGGCAGCUGAUUUCAAUGAGGAGUGAUUAAAUUCGAGUCAGAUCCACCCUUUGUCUUGUGUAUGGACAGCGGCUGUUGUUGCUGUUUUAUAAACACCAAAAACCAGCAAACGAACCUCAGCGGCGCUGCCUCUUCGCUGCGCUUUCCGAUCCGCUCUGCGGUGGCUGUUUGGGGCUGGUAGGGACCGCCGGGGCCCCACCCUCGGCCACAGUGGAUUGGAUGGCUGCUACAAAUCAGGCCAGCCGGGCUUAACUUCCGCGGCUGGAAAUGCAAGCAGUCACAAAUGGGCCCGAUUUGCUCCCUUCCUCUCCGGAUUGGAGCGGGGGCUUCACGGGCCUCGGUCGUCAUCUCGCGGGGCUCUGAGAGCGGUCCCUCCUCUUUCGUUGCGCCUCCAUCCUUGCCGAGGAAACCAUGGCAGAGGUGCCCGCCGUGGUCAGGAUCAAGAUCGCCCUCAAAAUCCAGCCAAACGACGGGCCCGUCUACUUCAAGGUGGACGGGCAGAGGUUCGGCCAGAACAGGACCAUUAAACUGCUCACGGGGGCGAAGUACAAGGUCGAGGUGGCUUUCAAGCCGGGGGGCAUCCAGGCCACGACUAUGGGUAUAGGGGGAGUAACGGUUCCCCUGGAAGAAACAUCAAGAGACGCCCAUGCUGUUACCUAUACUGGCAUCUACGAUACAGAAGGCGUUACACACACCAAAAGUGGGGAGAGGCAGCCUAUACAAGUCAACAUACAGGUCACUGACAUUGGUGCUUUUGAAACAGUCUGGCAAGUCAAAUUCUACAACUACCACAAGCGAGAUCAUUGUCAAUGGGGAAACAACUUUGCAUGCAUUGAAUACGAGUGCAAGCCCAAUGAGACCCGCAGCCUCAUGUGGAUAAACAAAGAAACCUUCCUCUGAAGCAAAGUGAGACCCAUGUGGUUGAACAACCUCUUGGUAAAAGAGCCUAUCUUCAAACCAGUACAAAGCCUUAACAGAGGCACUCCACAUAGAUGCUUUUGUUGGACAAACAAGACUACAAUGCAAACCACACUUACUUGGGGAUAAGUUUCUUUUGAAAUCAAUGGGACUUACUUCCAAGUGAAUGUGUUUCAGAUUGUGUAUAAAAAAUUAGCAUUGCUAGGAUUAACAUUUACCCACCCAAAAUUGGCUAUCGCUAUAGGAACAUAGCAGAUGUGUCUAUCAAGGUCUGGAGGCUCCUCCCUAUUUUAUCCUCCGUUGCAAUAUGUUGUGGCUGCUUCUGCGUUUUUGGUUUAAGGCUGUGUACACAAUUCUGUUUACUCUGCAUCCAGUGUGUUCCUAUGACUGAUUUGGGAAGCAGUGUCCACAUGGCAUUGGCCACAAUCCAUAUCUAUCCUGUUGUUUCUUAUGAAACACUGCAUUUGAUGCAUUUUUCCCCAAACCAGCUUUGAUGCAAAUUGACAGAAUGAAUGACCUACCUAUGUUUUAAGCUGGUAAUGUGUAUACAGCCUGAAUCAUUGGCCACAUUCACACUGCACACUUAUUCCACUUUACAGUCAUAGCAUCCCCCAAAGAAUUCAGGGAAGUGUAGUUAGUGAAGGGUGCUGGGAGUUGUUUAUAUUUAUAUGGACUGCCUUCAAGUCGAUUCCGACUCAUGGGCGACCCUAUGAAUAGGGUUUUCAGGGUAAGCAAUAUUCAGAGGGCGUUUACCAUUGCCUCCCUCUGAGGCUAAGAGGCCUCCCAUUGAGCUUCAUGGCUGUGUGGGGAUUUGAACCCUGGUCUCCCAGGUCAUAGUCCAACACCUUAACCACUACACCACACUUUCUUAAUCUCCUCAGAGAGCUACAAUUCCCAGAAAUUUCUGGGAAGAGGACUGACUGUGAAACCACUCAGAAUUGUGCUACAGCUCUCUGAGGAAAAUAGGAGUUUCCUAACAACUCUCAGCACCUUUCAUACACUACACUUCCCAGGAUUCUUUAGGGGAAGCCAUGGCUGCUUAAUGUGGAAUAAAUGUAUAGGGUGAAUGUGGCCUCUCUGUUCCUUCAUCCUAGUUAGUUACUGCUGCCAUGUGGCCUAGCUGCCAUGUGCCAUAAAUGUCAAUACACCUACCUAUCUACAUCCUCCUAGUAAUAUCUUUCUACGACGGCAUGCAGGAAGAAUGCAAAUUCCAAAUGACUGUACAUUUGGUGACGUAAUAGCCACAGCCCUAUUCAGCUUAGUUUUCCCAGAAGGUGGGGAGAGUGCCAUUGUUGAAUGUUGUAGAAUAUUUCCUAUCCUAUUUUUUUGUUAAUGUUUCCCAGUCUCUGAAACAACUUUCAACCAACAGUAGAGAUAGAACUCUCGACAAACACAUAAAGAGAGUGGUGAAGCAAUACAUCUGUAUUUUUUUUCUGAGUUAGUUGCGUAAAAUGGUAAUACCUGAAUAUGCUGUACAGUAUAAUGGUCAUUUAUCAAGCCCAUUGAAUUUUCAGAUUACCUGUUUCAGUGGUAUUUUUAUAUGUAAAAUGAAAUAAAACUUGGCUACUGGUCACUUUUGAGCUGCAACCACUCUGUUGCACCCAAACAACAGUCUUUCAGGUCAAACAUAAUCGCUACAGGGCUCUUUCCAGGUAAAAGGAAAAUUGCGUAAGCUUGUGCAGGACUCUGAAUGCUGGUGCUAUGUCCUCUGUAAAGCUGUUUACAAAGCUGUGGCAAAAGAGAAGCACAGUCUGUAUAUCUAAUAAAAUUAAAUAGGUGAGAAGUCGCUUCCCUUAUUGGACAAAGGUGGUCAUGUGUCUGUGUUACUUUGCAUAUCAGCUGUACUCCUAUUGUUCAUGUGAAUAAUAUAAAUUGUUAUAACUUUUGACCUUUGUAAUAAAGGAGUUAGAAAUU